GUUCGCGCUUUGGCCACUAAUUUUUUUUUCCUAUUUUCUCUUUAGCCAAACAAAACCAUCGAGACAGAAGUGAGAAUCGAAAGUACAGGUAAGUCUCUGUUAUCUUUUCAAUUCGAUUUUCUGUUUCAAUUAACUGUUGUCAUCGUUUGGUUGCGUAGAAACUUGAGGAGGAAAAAAACAAUAAGGCAAUUUGAGUUGAUAGAAAGAGGUGAAGUUAGUACAAAAGAUGGAGGAAGAAAGAAGAGUUCACCCGGACUGUAUAAAUGCAGCAAAUCCUUACCAUGAAUGUGUGGAAUAUUGCUUCAGAAAAAUUGCUGAAGCAAAGGUGCGAAUGGGUAAACAAGAAACAGAAGUUGUGCCAGUCAAUGGUGGUAGCGGUCAAUCCAACGCAUCUGCUCAUGAUGUGGUUGAAGAUUUCAAUGAUGAAAGACCAAAUUUUGAGGAACAUUCAGAUAGUGACCAUGACCAACCAGCUGAGGAGAAUUUGGGAGACAUUACAAAGCUUACAGGAAGAGCAAAAAAAUUGUUCGAGUUGAGGCUUAAGAUGAAUGAGGCAAGAAAGGCGAAUCAAACAGCAAUGGUUGCUGAAAAGAAAAGAAUGGAAUCUCCUCAGGAAUCUAGGGGCAUCUCUAAACAAAAAUGGCUUGAGGAGAGGAAGAAAAAGAUAGGCAAACUUCUAGAUUCAAAUGGUUUGGAUAUGACCAAGGCAUAUAUGCUAGAUACACAAGAGGCAGCAGAGACAAAAUAUAAGAAAUGGGAGAAGGAUCCUGCUCCGUUUGGUUGGGAUGUUUUCAAUCAGAAGACAUUGUACGAUGCUUAUAAGAAACGGACAAAGAAUGUCGAGGUUGAUUUAGAGGAAUAUAACAGACUAAAAGAAGCUGAUCCAGAGUUCUACAGGGAUGCUUCAAGCCUCCAAUACGGGAAGGCUCCAAAGGUCUCUGAGGAUAAAGUUGAAAGGAUGGUGAAAGAACUCAAGGACCGGGAGGAGAAAAGGACAUCCUUUAGCAGGAGGAGGAGGUUCCAUGAAGAGAAAGACAUUGACUCAAUUAAUGACCGUAACGAGCAUUUCAACAAGAAGAUUGAGCGAGCAUUUGGUAAAUACACACUGGAGAUCAAAAACAAUCUCGAACGAGGAACUGCCUUGCCCGACUAAGGAUCCUUUUAUGGACACCAAUUGGAAAGAUCUUCGACAUCGAUUAAGGCAAGCGGUCUUUUUCCUAAAGAAAAAAAAUUCGAAGUUGUAUCCUAUUCUUCCAUGCUUUGAAGUUGUUCAAUACAAUGAACCAUGUAGAAUAACUUGUGUUUUCUGGUUGGGUCUGUAACUUCAAGAUAAUGUUGUACCCGUAUACAAUUAUUAUCAUGAAUGAAUUGGACUCCCCACCCCCUUUUUCGUCCCAAAUUGAACAGAAGCAGAUUUUUUUUCUUUUC